AUGCUCUCCCGGGGUCGAAACAACAGCCCAUCUUCAGCCACCGUUCUCCCACCCACCCCCUUUUUUGCCCGGAGAGGAAAGAACGGAGAGGUGGGGGUGCUCCGGCAGCAGUGGAGCCAGCGGCACAUUGAGAGCAGGCGUGACUACCUGCGCCUUUACUGCUGCUGGUGGGCGUACCUGUGGGGAGGGCAAGGCGAGGGGGGAGGUGCGUGGGAGGAAAGAGACGUGGGUGUGAGGGAGGAAAUGGGUGUGAGGGAGGAGAUGGGUGUGAGGGAGGAGAUGGGUGUGAGGGAGGAGAUGGGUGUGAGGGAGGAGAUGGGUGUGAGGGAGGAGAUGGGUGUGAGGGAGGAAAUGGGUGUGAGGGAGGAGAUGGGUGUGAGGGAGGAGAUGGGUGUGAGGGAGGAAAUGGGUGCAGCGAUGGGUGUGUGCAGCAAGGCUGAGAACCUUGGAAAGGCCUUCCGGAAUAGCUCAAUGGUGUUUUAUGGUGUUCCAUCCACUCCCUCGUCCACCUGCCUCUCCUCCACUCUCUCCUCCACUCUCUGUGCCCCCUCUUCCCGGCACUCCGCUUCCACCUCUCCUCUGUCCCCACCCUCCCCUCUUCCGCCCCCACCGCUCAGCCAACACACUGCCCUGCACGCCUCUCAUGCUCCACCCAUCCCCACCACCCUGCGUUUCAAUCGUCUCACUCGCUUCUGCUUCGGUGUCGACCUCUCCUUCACGCCGCACAUCCAUGCUCUCCCCCGUUGCUGCCUUCACCUGCACCUGCCUCCCCCCCCCCGCCCCCGGCCCUCCCCCUGGUCCUGCCGCCGCCCCCCUUCCUUCCCCCGCUCGCGCCUCACACCAAUGCUCUCUGACGUGCACACGCACUCGCCCCUCCCCGCGCCCUCCCCUCUGUCCCCUUCCGCGCUCCCCCUUGUUCCGCCACUCGUGCCCCUCGACGCGCCCCCGCUCGCCUCGCCCCCCCCUUGGAGCCCCUGGCGUGCCAUCCCCCCCAUUCUCUCUCCCGCCGUUCCCCACCUCUCCGCAUGCCCCUUAUCCCUUCCUCCGCUCUCUUGCUCCGUCCCCUGCUCCCCUUCCUCCCAUCCCUCCACACGUCGCAAUAUCCCCCGUCCCCUUGCUAAACCACACGCGGCCAUAUCCCCCCUCUCCCCUCCCCUCCCUGCGCCUCCCCUCCCUGCGCCUCCCCUCCCUGCGCCGCCCCUCCCUGCGCCUCCCCUCCCUGCUCCGCCUCUCCUCCCCCCUCCAUGCGGCCGCCCGUCACGACUGCUCAAUUUUACGCUUCCCCCACUGGUGGGCACACCAAUUUGCGCGGGCUCUCGAGAAGGCGGCGGAGGGGCUUGCGCGCAGAAUGGUGGCGCCGGCGCCGGCGAUGGCGGCGGAGAUGACUGA